AUGGAGAAGAGUAAGAAUGUCCACCAGGCUUUGCUCAAUGAAGGAGAGGAGAAUGAACUGUCUGGGCUUGGUGCUCUGGGGAGAAGUCACCGAGCUACUGAGAUCAAGGGAGGCUUGAAAGAGGCACCAGAUAAGACCAAGAGUUAUAGAAGCAGAAGGAACACAGGGCAGGGGGAGGAAGAGAUCUUGGAAGUGUUUGGAUACCAUACCCAGAAUCUACGGAGAGCCCUGUGCCUUGUCACAGCCGUCCUGACUCUUGGGGCCAUACAACUGAUGUUCUACUGGAGGCCUGAGUGGUGGGUGUGGACAAGUUGCAUCCCAUGUCCUUUGCAAGAAGCAGACACAGUUUUGCUGAGGACAACAGAUGAAUUUCGAAGAUACAUAAGGAAAAAAGUCUUCUGCCUCCACUUAUCCACACUGAAGUUCCCUGUAAGCAAGAACCCCGAGGAACCUCUGGUGGCGGACCGCCACUCAGUCAUAAACCAAGCUGUAAUGAAGCCAGAAUUAAAAAUACAAUGCAUCCAAGUGCAGAAAAUCAGGUACGUGUGGGAUUUCUUGGAGAAGCGGUUUCAGAAAGUUGGGUUGUUGGAAGAUAGUAACACGUGCUUCGACAUCCACCAUACAUUUGGAUGGGGUCUGUCCAGUGAAGAGCAAGAGGUCAGAAGGUUAGUGUGUGGGCCCAAUGCUAUCGAGGUGGAGAUCCAGCCCAUAUGGAAGCUGCUGGUUAAACAGGUUUUAAAUCCAUUCUAUGUAUUCCAAGCCUUCACCCUCACUCUGUGGCUGUCUCAGGGUUACAUAGAAUACUCGGUGGCCAUCAUCAUUUUGACCGUUAUUUCCAUUGUCUUAAGUGUGUAUGACUUGAGACAGCAAUCCGUUAAGCUGCAUGACCUUGUGGAGGAUCACAACAAAGUCCAGGUCACCAUCACCGUGAAAGGCAAAGGUCUGCAGGAGCUGGAGUCCCGUCUCCUGGUUCCAGGAGAUGUUCUCAUUCUUCCAGGGAAAACGUCACUGCCUUGUGAUGCUGUCCUGAUUGAUGGGAGCUGUGUGGUAAAUGAAGGGAUGCUCACAGGAGAAAGUAUACCUGUUACAAAGACACCAUUGCCUCAGACGGAGAACACCAUGCCCUGGAAAUCCCACAGCUUAGAGGACUACCGGAAGCACGUGCUUUUCUGUGGAACGGAAGUGAUCCAGGUCAAGCCAUCUGGGCAGGGACCUGUUAGAGCCGUUGUUCUGCAGACAGGUUAUAAUACAGCAAAAGGGGACUUGGUGAGAUCCAUCCUCUACCCCCGACCUCUGAACUUCAAACUGUAUAAUGAUGCCUUCAAGUUCAUGGUGUUCCUGGCCUGUAUGGGUGUUGUGGGCUUUUUCUAUGCCCUGGGUAUCUAUAUGUACCAUGAAGUUCCUCCGAGAGAAACGGCAACCAUGGCCCUGAUCCUCCUCACGGCCACUGUCCCUCCGGUCCUCCCAGCUGCCCUGACCAUAGGUAAUGUGUAUGCCCAGAAGAGGCUGAAGAAGAAGAAGAUAUUUUGCAUCUCUCCACAAAGAAUCAACAUGUGUGGUCAGAUCAACCUCGUGUGCUUUGACAAGACAGGAACUCUCACAGAAGAUGGACUGGACCUCUGGGGGACUGUCCCCACAGCUGGCGACUGUUUCCAGGCAGUCCACAGCUUUGCUUCAGGCCAGACUGUGCCCUGGGGCCCACUGUGUGCAGCCAUGACCAGCUGCCAUUCCCUGAUCCUUCUUGAUGGGACCAUCCAAGGAGACCCUUUGGACCUCAAAAUGUUUGAAGGCACUGGCUGGAAUAUGGAAGAUUGCCAAGUGGCUUCCUGCAAAAUUGGCAUGUCAGAUUCAAGCACAGUAAUAAAACCAGGACCAAAAGCCAGUCAGAGUCCUGUGGAUGCCAUCACCAUCUUGCGCCAGUUUCCAUUUUCCUCAGCCCUUCAGAGGAUGUCUGUGAUUGCUCAGCUGUCUGGUGACCUUCACCCCCACGUCUACAUGAAGGGUGCCCCGGAGAUGGUGGCCAGGUUCUGCCGAACUGAAACAGGUACUGCCAUUUUUUUCUUUCAAGAGGUAAAACAUUUUAAAAGGCCAAACACAGGAGGCAAACAUCGGUACCGACACAGUAAGGCACAUGAAGACAUAAACUGCCAAAGCCAGUGA